GAAACUGAGGUGAUUCCAGACAGGAAGCUGCUUCAGCACAUUAGCAGGGUGGACAGCAGCGGCAGCCGGAAGACCGAUCCUUACCUAGAAUUCUUUCUGGGUCUCGCCAUUUGCAACACCGUGGUGGUUUCCAUGGCAACAGCUGAAAGACAGAGGGCAAGUGGGUUUUCACGAUCUGGUCAAACAAACAACCGUCUGGAUACUUUGUCCAACGUGGCGAAAAAACCCUUCUCUCUUCGCCAUAUUUUCACCUCCUGGAAAAACAAGCCCAAGAGAAGCCGCACCAUCUCGGAGGACUCGGUUGUAGAAGAAGACCAUUUUAACGCCCCUUUAAAAAUAGACGGUUCUGGAAAUACUGAUGGGCUUCAAACGUGUUCUCUCCAAGCUCCAUCCCAUAGCAAUGAUCCUGCAACGACCCCAGAUAAUGUGACUUAUGAGGCAGAAAGUCCAGAUGAGGCAGCCCUGGUGUACGCAGCCAAGGCAUAUGGCUUCACCCUGCUGGCCCGCACUCCUCACAGCGUGACGGUGAGGCUCCCGUCUGGCGAGGACCUGGUGUUUGAGGUGCUGGACACCUUGACCUUUGACUUCAACAGGAAGAGAAUGUCUGUUUUGGUGCGACACCCAAUCACCAAAGAGUGUGUGUUGUACACUAAAGGUGCAGACUACGCUAUCAUGGAGCUACUCGGUACAUCGUGCGCAGAACAUCUCAGAGGUAAGCAGAAGAAUAUAGCAACAGAUACUCAGCAUCACCUUGACUUCUAUGGUAAAGAGGGGCUACGCACGCUUUGCUUCACGAAGAAGGUUGUGAGUAAAAAGGUUUAUGAAAGCUGGUUAGUGUGCAGGAGAAACGCUCUGGCUGCUAUAGACAACAGAGAGGAGCUGGUUAUGGAAACUGCUGUGCAGCUAGAGACAGAACUCAACCUGCUAGGGGCAACGGGCAUCGAGGACCGUCUGCAGGAGAGUGUCCCGGACACCGUGGUGGCGCUGCGGGAGGCGGGGAUCCGGGUGUGGGUGCUGACUGGUGACAAGCCGGAGACAGCAGUUAACAUCGGAUACGCCUGUAGGCUCCUGGAAGAGGAAGACCUGGUGAUUAACAUGAGCUGCAAAAACAAGCUGGAGUGCACAUCCAUCUUGGACUGCACCCUGGAGGAGGUGAAAAGGUACAGUGAAGACCCUCGUAAUGUGGACACCAGCCAGGACAUCGCCCUGGUGAUCGACGGACGCACACUGACCAUGGCUCUGUCCUCGGACUUGCAGGAUCGCUUUAUGGACCUGGCCAAACACUGCCGCACCGUGCUCUGCUGCAGGGUCACGCCCUUACAGAAGAGCAGGGUGGUGAAGGUGGUCAGGGAGAAACUCAAGGUCAUGACCCUUGCUGUUGGUGAUGGUGCAAAUGAUGUAAACAUGAUCCAAGCAGCUGAUAUUGGCGUUGGGAUAUCCGGCCAGGAGGGCAUGCAGGCGGUCAUGGCGAGUGAUUUUGCUAUAUCUCGCUUUAAACACCUGAAAAAACUUCUCCUGGUCCACGGACACUGGUGCUACACUCGACUUGCAAACAUGAUCAUUUAUUUCUUCUAUAAGAAUGUGGCCUAUGUGAACCUACUCUUCUGGUAUCAGUUCUUCUGCGGCUUCUCCUCAGCUACCAUGAUCGACUACUGGCUGAUGAUUUUCUUCAACCUCUUCUUCACCUCGGUGCCGCCCAUCAUGUUUGGGAUAAUGGACCAAGACAUUUCUGCAGAGAUGCUGCUUGGUGUUCCAGAGCUGUACAGGAUUGGGCAGGGUGCAGGGGAAUACACGUUUACUACUUUCUGGGUGUCCAUCCUUGAUGCCUUCUACCAGAGUCUGGUGGGCUUCUUUAUUCCAUACUUGGCUUACCAAGAUUCCGACAUAGAUAUUUUUACCUUUGGAACUCCUAUAAACACCAUUUCUUUAUUUACCAUCCUGCUGCAUCUGUCAAUAGAGAUCAAAGCCUGGACGGUGGUUCACUGGGUAACCAUGCUAGGCAGUGUGGCGUUGUACUUCAUUGUGACGCUCGCCUACAGCGCCAUGUGCGUCACCUGUAACCCUCCGUCCAACCCGUACUGGAUCCUCCAUAGCCAGAUGGCCGACCCCAUGUUCUACCUUCUCUGCAUCAUCACUACGGUGGUGGCUCUGCUGCCCAGGUACAUGUUUCACGUGCUGAGGAACUCUAUCGCCCCCUCCCCUCUCAUGCAAGCCAGGAGACUAGACCGGCUGGACGCCUCCACCAGGGACGAGUGGAUGAAGGAGUGGAGGAGCAUCAGGGGCCUCGGACAGGUCAGACGCUCCAGGCUGUCCCCCCCACCCUCUCCUACCCUUGAUACCCCUGCGGACAUUUUUCCCCAGUCCCCCACCGCCUCUGAUAUAAUGGCUGAUGAUUUGACACUGAAUGUAAUUACUGAAAACUAUCAGAGGCCUGUACACAUGUGAAAAUCAGAGAGUCGUUGGCAGAUUGAAGGAAUAAGAUUAUUAUUUAUUCAGAAGAGUGAACAUUUUCUGAACUGGCUCAUUUUAACCCUCCUGGUGUCUUCGGGUCAAAUCUGACCGAUUUACUACUUUCAUCAAUCAUAACUUUUUUCUUUUACAUUC